AUGCUAAAAUUCACAGAAAGUCAACAGAAACAUGAUUGUAAUGUGAUAUUCAUCACCGAAAGUAUCGCAAUCCAAGUAGGAUUCCACGAGGCCAUUGAACAGAGACAGUACGCAAGGGAUAGGCGCGCGCGACUGUACGACACGUGGGUACGGCUAACAGUCGGUGUCCUCUGCUACGGAGAUAGUUAUCAGGGACAUAAAGUCGAAUCAGCUCACUGUGAAGAUCAGGAGCGUCUUGAGCAUUCUACUAGCUUGAUCAGAAGCUCUCCUGAUUUUCAAUGUAUCGUAACAUCGUAUCAAACAAGUAUGGGUAACAACCGUAAGUACGCUUGUACAAAAAACGCAACAACUAUUAGAUGUGAAUUGCUUGUAUCGCGUUCGGGCCUAUGUGUGUCGCGUGUGUUUGUGUGUGACGUCGUGUGUAUUCGCGUGUUGAUCGCGCUGAUCGUGGCAUGCGCAGCGGGGGGCGCGCGCGGGGCCCGCCCCGCUAACGCCAUGCGCGCAAGACUCACCGUCGCGCACCUCGCCCUGCUUGUGCUCGCGCAUUUACCGCCACCAGGUAAAAAGGAAAGGUUUACAAAGCAACGAAGCAGUCACGAGGUUUCCUUAAACAACAGAACAGCUGAAGCGCUGGAAAUAAAACCUGGUAAAGGAAAACUAUAUGAUUUUAGUCGUUUCGAAGCCAACAUACCACCUCUCCGUUUGGCACCAGUAAAAUGA